UCCAGUUGUUCCCGAGCAGGAGAGUUUGAAACGGUGCCCCAAAGGACAAUCUCAAGGUGGGAAGGGGAGCACCUACCUUCUCUGGCAGGGGGGAAAAAAAUGCUCAUUUUUUACGCUUUAGCAAAAAAGCAACUUCCCUGACAACCUUAGUUUCAAGGUUUAUUCUUAAUUAGAGUUGAGAAGCCUGUUUCGACUUGAAGACACCCGUAUCAGGUGAAUGGAGAGCCAGCUACCGCAAUGAAAGUCCCUCAGAACUAAAGAAUGGGGCUCAACUUGACACUUGCAAAAUUACCAGAUAAUGAGCUGCACGGUCCAGGGAAUCACACCCCAAGUAACACAAGCGAUGGACCCGGAAAGAACACCACCAUUAACAACGAAUUUGACACUGUCGUCUUGCCUGGGCUUUACCUCGUUAUAUUUGUGGCAAGCAUCUUGCUGAAUGGUCUAGCAGUGUGGAUCUUCUUCCACAUUAGGAAUAAAACCAGCUUCAUAUUUUAUCUCAAGAACAUAGUGGUUGCUGACCUCAUAAUGACGCUGACAUUUCCAUUUCGAAUAGUCCACGAUGCAGGAUUUGGACCUUGGUACUUCAAGUUUAUCCUCUGCAGAUACACUUCGGUUUUAUUUUACGCCAACAUGUAUACUUCCAUCGUGUUUCUUGGGCUGAUAAGCAUCGAUCGCUACCUGAAGGUGGUCAAGCCAUUUGGCGACUCUCGCAUGUACAGCAUAACCUUUACAAAGAUUUUAUCUAUUGGUGUCUGGGUGCUCAUGGCUCUUCUGUCCUUGCCAAACAUCAUUCUAACAAAUGGUCAACCAACCAGGGAAAAUAUUCAUGAGUGCAUGAAACUUAAGAGCCCUCUGGGAGUGAAAUGGCAUAAGGCCAUCAUUUAUGUCAACAGCUGCUUGUUCGUGGUUGUGCUAGCAAUGCUGAUAGGAUGUUACAUAGCCAUAUCCAGGUACAUCCACAAAUCCAGCAGGCAAUUCAUAAGCCAGUCAAGCCGAAAGCGAAAACAUAACCAGAGCAUUAGAGUGGUCGUGGCUGUGUUUUUCACCUGUUUUCUACCCUAUCACUUGUGCAGGAUUCCUUUUACUUUUAGUCACUUGGACAGACUUUUAGAUGAAUCGGCACACAAAAUCCUAUAUUACUGCAAAGAAAUGACACUUUUCCUGUCUGCGUGCAACGUGUGCCUGGAUCCAAUAAUUUACUUUUUUAUGUGUCGCUCAUUUUCAAGAAGGCUGUUCAAGAAAUCAAAUAUCAGAACAAGGAGUGAAAGCAUCCGAUCACUGCAAAGUGUCAGAAGAUCAGAGGUCCGCAUAUACUAUGAUUAUACUGAUGUGUAGGAGUUAAAGGCCACCAGGCCUUCUCUUGUUUGUUGAAGUCAAUAUGUACAAAGUGUAAAUAAAUUUGUCUUUUGCUUACCCUCGCCUGAGCCCAUUGAAAUAUGGAUGAAAAGAGAACUGAAAUGAUAUGAAAUUGGGGUAUAAUUUGGAACUGAGAAACACAUUAAGGCAUACCAAAACGUGAAAUUAACAAGAGGCGGUGUAUCGCUGAGUGGCAGGGUUCAUGGCUCAAGGUCGAAGGAGCAGAUUACAGGUGCAGAAAAGGCCACAGCGGCGCCAGCACGCUGCCGGAAAUGCUUCCAGGAAAUGCUGGUGCUCUGAAGCCACUUCUGAGAGAAGAGGAAGUAGAGAGAACUCUAUCUAACCUUGAUCCCUAAGAUUUGGGAAAGAAAAUGCUGUUUUCAAGACAGCUCAUUCACUGCAGAUGUAACUGCGGUUACAUCCAUAUGUAAAUAUGGACUGCUAGGUCUUUCUGUCAUUGUAUCUAUGGCCCAUACACAACCUUUAGCCAUUAUCCCCUGUCUGUGUUCAUUUAUGUCUUAUGCACAUGAGAAAAACUUGCACAGUAUGGGGGGGUAGGCAAGAAAGUUCAACUGUGUUUUUUUUUUUAAGCAACGCAUUUGAAAGACUUAAGUCAAUUAACUGAUUUUAAACUUAGGUUAUUUCAGAGAAAAAAAAGUGUGACCA